AUGCCGGGCUGCCUCGGCGGGAAGCAGAUGGACGGCGCCGCGGCGCCCGGCGUGCACCCGCGGUACGUGCCGGAGCGGGGGCAGGUGCUCAGGGGCGUCCUGGGCGAGCUGUUCCGGCUGCUUCCGCUCCGCCAAGACCCGGCCUCUGCCGCGGUGAGCGGCGAGCGCCACUGGAGUAGUUUUCGACCGAUCGACCGCCGGCCGGAGAAGGGCGCGGCAUGCAAUGGACAGCUCGUCCUGGAGGACCGCGAAUGGAGGGCCCGGAACUGA